AUGGUACCAUCUGAUUGUGUAUCCUCUACUUUAAAAAAUAGCCUACCACUACUACUAUCUCCUUUAAAUUUAUCUUCAACUAUUAAUAACUCAACAAAAUCAUUACCAGUCACACCAGUCUCAACUCCAAUAUCACCAAAAUCUUUUACUUCCAACGAGUCAUCAGAUUCAACUCCGCUUGAUCAAGUGCAUUUUCCUUAUCCAGAUGCGUUUCCUCUUCCGAGACAACUAACACCGAGUGGUGAUGAAUCGAGGUCAUUAAAACGAGAAGAAAUCAAUCAAAAUUUAAUUGAUCUCAAUGUUGCUUAUAAAUUAUCUGCUCUUGAUACAUUCGAUCCACUCAAACAGUCUAAUCAGUCACCAAUAUUGCCAUCUGAAUUAGACAAAGUCAUUCCAAAUACAUCGGAUGUUGUUAUACAGAUCACUGACACAUCAGUAAUAUCAACCGUUUCUCCUGCGUUACCAUAUCCGAUUAAAUUACGAUUAAAAUUAUCGACAUGUUCUGAAUUAAAACCAAUUAGUCGAUUUGUUCAACAAAUUCGAAAUGAACGUCAAUCACAACAGACAUCAACAGAUGGAAUAUUUUAUUGUAAACAUGUUCAACAUUUAACUUCUCAACAUAUCGAACAAAAUCAAUUACCUGUUACAUUAUAUAUAUUUACUGAUAGUUUAACAGAACCAAUACGUUUACCAAAUAUAAGUUUACAAUCUACAGUUGCAAAUAUUUUAUAUCAAUUAUUUGAAAAAAUUACAUUUGAUUAUAAUCAAUCAAUACUCAAAUUACGUUCAUGUGAAGAAUAUUUACGUCAUGAUGAUAUUCUAUGUGAUAUUGAAUAUGUUUAUAAUUGUAUUAAUUCAUUGAAACAACUUCAAUUUGUAUUAGUUAAAAAACCAAUUUGUAUAUUUCAACCGAAACAAGAUAAUAUAAGUUUUGAACAAUUUUGUUUAAAUCAAAGUGAAAAAUAUUUUCAAACAAUGAAACAAACAAAAUUAUUGGAAUCUACAAAAUCAUUAAAUAAAAAUAGACAAAAAAUAUCUUUAGAUCAAACUCGUUCAUUUCUAUCAUCAAAUCCUCGAUGGUUAGAAGAAUUUCGUCAAAAUAUUAAUUUAAUAUUCGAACAAAUUGAACAAUGUUUUAAUAAUUUAAUUAAUCCAAAUUCAUCUAUAUUAUCAAUAAAUAAACAAAUAAAAUUAAAUCAAGAAUUAAUAGGUUAUUGUAAAAAAGUUCAAAAUAUAUGUUCAGAUAUUCAAUCAUCAUCAUUUAUUGAUACACAACAUGAAUUAAAAUUUUAUACUAUACAAUUAAUAAAACAAUCACAAAAUGAAAAUGAAGAAGUAUUAAAUUCACAAAUUUCUGAAAAUUUAAUACAAUUACUCUAUGAUUUACUUCUUGCACUUAUAAAAUAUAUUCAAGCAUAUUGUCAAGCAUUUUUAAUUCCUUAUGACGUAGAAAUUUAUAAUGAUGAAAAUAAAUCAAUUGAUAUUGAACAAGUUAAAUCUCUGUCGACAAUAACAACUCCUAAUCCACGUUCCAUAAUUGAAUCAUCAAAACUCUUUAGUGUUCAUAUCGAUAGUCUUUUUUCUUUACCAUCAAACAUCAAAACAAUUCGUGUUGUUGUUCAUCUUUGUUAUGGAAAUGAAAUAAAAGCAAAACAAAUGACAAAAUUAAUGUCAUUUGUACGUCAUAGUUAUUCAGAUAGUUCAUCACAAAUUCAUUUUGAUCAACGACUUAUAUUUAAUGAUAUAUAUCUAUGUGGAUUACAACGUGAAGCAUUACUUUUAUUUGAAAUUUAUGCUAGUUUUAUUGAUGAUACUGAUUCAUCAUUAUCUUCAUUAGUUAGUGAAGUAUUCGAUGGAAUUUCAAUGCGUCUUAUUGGUUGGUGUUCACAAGCAUUAUUUGAUCAUGAACAUAAUCUUAUUAGUGGUGAAUAUUAUUUAGGUAUAUUUGAUGCUGCAACAACAAUUCCAACAGGUUUUUAUUCAUUGAGAAAUAUUUUGGAUCGUGAUUGUUCAAUAUUAACUAUAACAAUUCCUCAUCAAUCAUUUUUUUUACCAAAUAUUCAAGCUAGAAAGGAUAUGUGUGCUAAAAAUUUCACUGAAAUUACUCGAGAUAAACAAGAAUAUUUAUGUCGAUUACUUGAUCGACCAAGUUUAUUAUUAAAUGAUCAUAGUAUAAUGAUAACAAAUGAGUCUUCUAUGGAUAACCGAAAGCAACAAUUAUCACCAAAAAUAUCCGGUACAGAUUAUGAAUUUACCAAUGAAAGUCACUUUCUAUGGUCAAAUCGUGAUUUUCUUAUUCAUAAACCAUAUGCAUUACCAAAAUUACUUAGAUCUCGUUCUGUUUGGGAUUAUCCAAGUUUAAUUGAUAUCUAUAGUCUUGUCAAUGAAAUAAAUCAUCAUCGUAAAAUAGAUGCAAUUGAAUCAUUUGAACUUCUUUUACCUGCUUUUCCUGAUAUGUAUAUACGUUCAUGUGCUUAUCGAUCAUUAAUAUUACAUAUAACAUCAUAUGAACUUAUGAUUUAUUUACCACAAAUUUUACAAAUAAUUAAAUUUGAUUAUUAUUAUUCAUCACUAAUAAUAGAAUAUUUACUUCAACAAUGUAUAAAUGAUUAUUAUUUAGCACAUAAAUUAUAUUGGUAUUUAAGACAAUUACUUUUAACAGAAAAUAUUCAUUUUAUACGUUAUUAUUAUAUAUUUAUGUCAUUACUUUAUAUUAUUGAAGAAUAUUUUUAUAUUGAAUUAGAAAAUGAAUAUAAUUUAUGUAUAAAUUUAAAAAAUAUUGGUUUAGAAUUAAAAAAUAAUACAUUAAAUAAAGGAUAUUAUUUAAUUGAAGAAUUAAAAAAAUUAAAUAUGGAAGUUUUUCAAUCAAAUCAACGUUCAUGUCGUUUACCAUGUCAAUUUAGUUUUAUAACAAAUAAUAUUGAUAUUAAAUCUUGUUCAAUAUUUCAUUCAUUAACAUGUCCAAUGAAACUUGUUUUUAAUUCUAUAGAUUUAUUAUCUGAAAAAUAUUAUUCAAUUUAUAAAAUUGGAGAUGAUCUACGUCAAGAUCAAAUUGUUUUACAAUUAUUAACUUGUAUGGAUAAAAUAUGGAAAUCGAAUGAUAUUGAUUUUCGUUUAAGUUUAUUUAAUGUUGUACAAACACAAGAACGUUGUGGUUUUAUUGAAAUGAUUACAGAAAGUGAAACAUUACUUGAAAUUGAAAAACCUUUAGGAACAAUCAAAGGUUCAUUUGGUGAAUCAGCUUUAUACGAUUGGUUAAGUUCACAUAAUGCAAAUGAAAGAGAUUUUCGAAUAGCUUUAGAUAAUUUAACAUAUUCAUGUGCUGGUUAUUGUGUAGCAACAUAUAUAUUAGGUAUUGGUGAUCGACAUAAUGAAAAUAUUAUGGUGAAAAAAUCUGGACAUUUAUUUCAUAUUGAUUUUGGAAAAUAUCUGGGUGAUAGACAAAAAUUUGGUUGGUUUAAUCGUGAUCGUGCUCCAUUUAUAUUUACAAAACAAAUGUUAUAUGCAAUGUCUGAUGGUGGUACAUCUAAUGAUGCAAUGCAUCGUUUUGUUGAUUUAUGUUGUAAUGCAUUUUGUAUAUUACGUCAAAAUUCUUCUCUACUUUUAAUUCUUCUUUCACAUUUAUGUUCAUCAAAUGUACCUAAUCUUACUUAUGAUGCUGUUCGAUUUGUUUAUGAUCGUUUAGCACCAUCAUUAAAUUAUGCUGAAAGUAUAACACAUUUUACUGAACUUAUUGUUGAUAGUCUUAAUUCUACAUGGACAACAUUGAAUGGUUUAAUACAUAAAAUUGCACAACCAACAAAUUCAAAUAAUUCAUUAGGUCUAACAUCUAAAGAUACGAUAUUAUCAUUUGUACCAAAAACAUAUACAGUAUCUACAGAUGGAAAAAUUUUAUUUGUACAAGUUGUUAAUUAUGAAAAACGAAUAAAAUCUUCAAAAUAUUAUUUAUAUGAAUUAAAAGUUGUACGUUUAAAUACAACAUAUAAUUAUCGUACAUACAAUGAAUUUUAUGAAUUUUAUGAACGUUUAAAUAAACAAUUUCCAUUAAUUGGUCUUGAUUUGAAAUUUUCUGAACAAACAGAAGAUAAUAUCAUUGCUCAAAGACAUCUCAGAGAUAUUAAUGAAUUUCUUGAAAAUUUAUUUCAUUUAACAAGUGAAAUUACUGAGUCUGAUCUUGUUUGUACAUUUUUUCAUACAACUCAACGAGAUCAACAAAUCAAUGAUGCAAAAGAAAAAUCUAACGAAGGACUCGCUCCUCGUUCUUCACAGAUUUCAUCAACAAAUAAUCCAUCAAAAAUUCGUAUACAAUUAACAUAUGAUAAUAGAAAACUUUUUGUUAUGGCUCGUCAUGCUAAUAAUUUGCCAUUAAUAAAUGGUAAUGAACCAAAACCAUAUUGUAAAUGUUAUUUAUUUCCUGAUGAAUCUAAAUUAACAAAACGAAAAGGAAAACUUGCUAAUUCACGUAAUCCAAUAUUUAAUGAUACAUUCACAUACGAAAUGGAUUUAGCUGAAAUUCAAAAACGUAUUCUACAUGUAGGCAUUUGGAAUAAUGUUUUAAAUGUUGGUAAUCAUGUUUUAGGUACCGUUGAUAUUGUAUUAUCUGACAUAGAUUGGUCAAAAGAAAAUGCAUGUGAUUAUACAUUUACAACUCGUUGUUUUAUUUGUACAACAUAUAAUGGUAUUCAUAUUUUUAAUGUUGAACCACUUACUCAAAAAUGUUAUCUAGAUGUUGGUCCUACUACUUAUGCUGAAAUGCUUUAUCGUACGAAUUUAAUUGCUUAUGUACCAGCAGAACAUGCCACUGGAUUACCAUCACAUGUUGUUAAUAUCUAUGAUAAUCAACGUAAAGCACAUGUACUUGAACUUAGCUUUAAUUCAUCGGUUAUUUCUAUACGAAUGUCACGAACAAGACUUUUAGUAAUACUUGUGGACAAAAUACAUAUUUUUUCUUUCCCUUCUAAAUGUCGACUUUUACAUACAAUUCAUACAAGAGCAAAUCCGAGAGGUCUUUGUGAAUUAUCGAAUAAUAAUGGAUCAUUGAUUGUUUUUCCUUCGAAUGCAAGACCUACAGGCGGUCUUAUUCAAAUAUUAGUAAGCAUAGCAAAAAAUGUAUUAUAA